AUGCCGUUGCUGGAAGAUGAAUCCAUUGUGGCCGAGAAUGACGAGAUGACAUCAGAAAACGUAAAGCACGUAAAGCUAUCGGACCGCGACAAAGCUAGACAAAAAAGACAAAAGAAACGAGAGAAGCGAAAGGAAGAGGUUCUGCUCAUUGUGUACGGUAUCAGGACCACAGAGACGGAGCAAACGGAAGCGGAUGAGAAAUAUGGAAACUUUCCUUGUGCGCAACCGAGCCCGUUGAGAAAAUGCUGGACUCUGGUUGAGGAGGGCAGUGAGAUACGUGAGGGUAAGGGCGAGAGUGAGGGUAGUGAUUGA